CCCAGGCUCAGAAAAUUACAUUCUGUUUCACCGUAUUAUAAAACGACAGACAUCAUUGCCUUUUUCCCACGCAGUCCGAUCUCUGCCAUUGCCAAACAUCCUUGCUAACUCUCUCUCCUCCGGCUAUUUCACUUGCGAUUCAGAGCUCCAAACCCAAUUUUCCAAUGGCUACCAGAUACUGGUCGGUGUCUCUUCCAGUUCGAACCUCCGCUUCUUCACUAUGGAAUCGUUUACAGGACGCCAUUUCUAAGCAUUCCUUCGACACUCCUCUCUACAGGUUCAAUAUCCCUAAUCUCCGUGUAGGAACCCUAGAUUCCCUAUUAUCCCUCAGCGAUGACCUUCAGAAGUCAAACAGCUUCGUCGAAGGAGUGACGCACAAGAUCAGGCGCCAGAUCGAGGAUUUAGAGAAGGCAUCGGGCGUGGAGACAAGUGCACUUACGGUGGAUGGAGUACCAGUUGAUUCCUACCUCACCAGAUUUGUUUGGGACGAAGCCAAGUUUCCCACGAUGUCACCUCUGAGGGAGAUCGUGGAUAGUAUUCAUCAUCAAGUAUCAAAGAUCGAGGAUGAUCUUAAGGUUCGCAUUGCUGAGUAUAAUAAUGUGCGCAGUCAGCUCAAUGCUAUUAAUCGAAAGCAAAGUGGAAGCCUAGCUGUUCGUGAUCUUUCCAACCUAGUAAAGCCAGAGGACAUUAUUGCCUCAGAACAUUUAGUGACACUUCUUGCAAUUGUUCCCAAGUAUUCUCAGAAGGACUGGUUGUCAACUUAUGAAACAUUGACUAGCUAUGUGGUCCCCAGGUCAUCCAAGAAGCUGCAUGAAGACAAUGAGUAUGCUCUAUACACUGUAACCCUGUUUCACCGUGUUGCUGACAAUUUUAGAACAAAUGCACGUGAAAGAGGAUUUCAAAUUCGUGAUUUUGAAUAUAGUUCAGAAGCACAGGAAAGUAGGAAGGAAGAGUUGGAAAAAUUGAUGCGAGACCAGGAAACAUUUAGGAGCACUCUUUUGCAAUGGUGCUAUACCAGUUAUGGGGAGGUUUUCAGCUCCUGGAUGCAUUUUUGUGCUGUACGUGUCUUUGCAGAGAGUAUCCUUAGAUAUGGCUUGCCACCAUCCUUCUUGGCAUGUGUGUUAGCUCCAUCCGUUAAAAGUGAGAAGAAAGUGCGAUCAAUUCUUGAAGGGCUAUGUGACAGCACAAACAGCGCAUUUUGGAAAUCUGAGGAUGACGCAGGAGGGAUGGCUGGUCUAGGAGGUGACGCUGAUGCCCACCCAUAUGUCUGCUUCACAAUUAAUCUUGUUUGAUCAAGACUGGGUUCCAGCUCCCUGUUCAUUUCAAAUCCUAUGGGGUAGGAUUCUCUCACCAUUACUAUUGCAAUGGGCAUGCACUAAAAAUGCUGUAUAUUACCAUCAACUACCCCAUUCUUUGGUGGUUUAUUUGUAUUUGCAGGGCAGAAGCUUGGGGGCUGGAGGUGGUUAUGUUUAUUUAGGGUUUAUGUAAUUUACGAGCCGAGAGAAGAUAAAUUUACGGUUAAAGAUUCUAUGAGUUGUUUCAUGAGUUUGAAAACCUGGAGAUGUAAGUCUCUGACUGUUGGUGGUUCGUGCCUCUUUUCCAUCUAGAGCUUCAAGCUUGGGAGGUCUGGUCUGAGAUCAGGCCAGUGCAUGCCUUUGUUCAGGAUGCCCCCAGGGUACUUGCUUUAAUAGAUUGGAUUGGGCCAGGAUUAAAUUGGGUUGACCAACAAUGAUAAUUAAUUAUUGAUUCAUAUAGUCAUGGUUAUCCUUCCUGAAGGAACAAGAUUUUGUUCAAUUGGAGAUAAAUAUCUGAUGUAUGUGGUAUGUGACUCUUUUUACUCCAUUAUACAACAUAGAUAAAGAUUUCACAAAA